GGGACAUCUUCUAUUAUUUCCCGACAAAUGUAAGGAUAGUAGAAUGACAUGACUUCACUCGAGAAACUCGAAUGAACUUCAUGGAGUAAACUGAGUCUGUUGAGACGUUGUGGAUGUUCUUCAUCGUUUCGAGCAGGCGAGCAAUUACUGUGCUUGAUCUCUUUCCGAUUGUAGAUUUGUAAACCACAUAAAUCCUAUAGCAUUUUGUUGCAAUAAACAAACAGAGAAUUGCCAGAAAACAACAUGCUUCCUUCAGCAACCAUGAACAUCCUUAAAGUUCAUGGUUGUUAUCGUCUUCAACCCCCAAUUUCUCAUCUUUCCCAGAAUAUCCAUCCCACCUCCCUUACAACACACCAUACAUCCAAACUCCGUCAUGUCUCAUCACCUUCAAUCCAUUCUCCUAAUCCCCAAUUUCGUAUCUCUAGAACCAAUUCAAGGCUCAGAAAUGUUAGGGUUUCAGAAAUCGGAGCUCCAUUAUGGACACAAAAAGACGACAAACAAGAUAACUCCUGUUCUCCUGAAGACUUGACCAUGAAUGGAGAAGCUUAUCAGAAGACUUUAAGGUUGGUAGAAUGUUCUAUGUUCGCUGCUCUUGGUGGAUUAGCCUACAUCUUAAGCAGCUCCCUUGCUAUCGAGAAUUACUUUGGUUGUUUCUUUGCCUUACCCAUAGUCUUCUCAUCAAUGCGAUGGGAUAUUGUUGCUGGAAGAAAGACUAUGGUGGCAACUGCUACACUAUUGCUUGUUUUAGCUGGACCCAUAAAAGCACUAACAUAUCUGUUGAUGCAUGGGUUUCUUGGUCUUGCUAUGGGAUCUUUAUGGAGGUCAAAAGCAAAUUGGGGUGUUUCUAUAUUCACAAGUGCAAUUGUGAGAGCUAUAGGUGCAAUGGGAUAUGUUGUGAUGUAUUCUUUUCUAAUCAGGGAAAACAUUCUUGCUUUGAUCACUAUAAACAUUCAUGCUUCAGCUACAUUUAUCCUCACUUCAUUAGGGUUCUUGACAAUUCCAUCAAUGAAUUUAAUAUACGCGAUUUUUGGGACCUUGCUAUUACUGAAUUGCUGUUUCUUUGUGUUCUUGCUACAUCUUCUAUAUGCUUUGUUCUUUACAAGGCUUGGAAUGAAGGCUUCUUUGAGAUUGCCAAAAUGGUUUGCUAAAGCAAUAUGACAAGAUUACCCUUACCCACCUUUUAUCUUGUAUUCCAUCAACAACUAGUUCCUCAAUCAAUUUAGCUUUAUUCUUUUUUUAUUAAAUUAACUCCCAACACUUUUACAUGUGUUAAAGAUUGAUGAUGAAAAUCUCAAAUUGAGAAAAGUUGAAUUCAUGUAUAUACAUUCGGUUUUAUAAAUGUA